UAUGUUCUGGGGUAUCAGCCCGGCCUUGGACUUGCAGCAGGAGUACCUCAGGUAUGGGGACGAUAGCGCUUAUGAACUGAACUUCCUCGUGAUAGGUGGUUCCGAUGCGAGACACCUCAUCAAGACCCUGGCCGAAGCCUAUCGGCACACCAGACGAUAUAUGAACCUUUUCGUCAUCGAUGGAUGUCCCGAACUGGUUGCGAGACAGCUUCUUCUCCUAUCUUUGAGCUUAGAAAAGACUACGCGAUGUGGCUUACUGGAGAAAACAAGACGCUUCUUAGAGAUAUACGGAAAUCUCCUUCUACGUCCUCCGACCUCAAGGUAUUUAAUCGCUAAGGCGAGACAACUAGUUGGCAUGAUAACUAACCCUGAUUAUAUGAAUUGUCUCCUACCUUGCAUUUCUAUUGAACAGAUGAAAUAUCGAGAGCGAGAUUACAUGGAAAACCUUCUCAAUUUUUGGACAACAGGUAACACGAACCAGUUCAAUGCCUGCGAACUGUGGGAGCAUCGGAUCAGGCUCAGUCUCGGUGUGAGAUAUGACAACAGAGUGGGAGUGUACGAUUGGGAUUUCCAUAUGAGAUUGCGUGAAAAUGCCAGCCAGAUUUGCUUCCAAGAAUAUAAACAUUUUAGAGAGCAUGGAGUAGCUUUCACUUGGCUCGAAACUGAAGUGUGUCGUCCGAACGUGAGUCUAGCUGCUGGAGUCUACAAAUGCGGUGAUCGAUAUCUCCACAGAGGAUAUCUAGGGGAUAUGGUCACAUCUCCUUACGUAGCUUAUGGAUUAGAUUCUGAAGACAAAGACCUGCUGAAGUCAUCGCAUGGAGUAAAUUACAAGCGAGCUACGGACGUGUCAGAGCGUAAUGUCAUGAGGCUUCUUUACGAAUUAGAAAACCGUGAACGAUUUGAUGCUGACGUCAUGAAUAUAGAUUCCAAACAAAACUUGGGCAUGGUUGUUCUCAGCGAUUUCGACGCAAAGAUUUCUGAGACAGGUCCCGAAGCCCCUUUGCUGUUGCGUGAGGAUCGCAAUACUUACAUUAAUGUUGAUUACGGUAAGGUCCAUUUUCUAUCGCCGUCAGCUUUGGAGCAUUAUCCUCAUAAGCCGCAGUUCCAAGGGCUGUUUCACGGCGUGUUUAUUGGUCAGAACAUGCUUUCUAGGAUUAAACCUAGCGUUUGGUCGAUGGCUAGGGAUGAUGCGAUUGUAAUUAUGGAGUCUCGGAAAUAUAUGGUUGAAUUGAAAAGAGAUGAUGUGAAGGCAUUUGGAGACCAGAUUCAGCAGGCCGCAGCCGCAGCUCAGGGUGAAAAAACUGGGUCAUUUGAUCCACAAACUGAUGAUUUUGCUAGGUUUUUGAUUAGACGUAGGAGUGAAAGUUCUGAUUUUUCUGCGUGAAUAAUUAUGUUAAUUGUUUUUGAAAUGUUAGUAUAAUUGAUAUGUCAUUGAUGUUGGUUUUUUAUUUCUUGCGUAGGUCUAGAAUUUAUAUAUUUUUUUAGCAAUCAAUUUUUUUCAGUUAUCAUGCUAUGUAGGUAGAUUCCAUUUUAUAGUUCUGUCAGUCAUAACAUGCAACUUUUGUACCUAUAAUAUGCAAAUCUAUUGAUCCAUCAAAGUCCUGGUCUCCUGGCAUUUUUCUUAUAGCGUAAGGUGGAGCUCAGGGUCCGCCUGCAACCAUAAUUCAGGAGCAAAUACGACUCCCGUCUGACUAACUGACUCGUUAAUAGCAUAACAACCUUUUUGGAUCUGAUUUAUUAGCUUUUGCUUUGCUUCACUCUCGUGGGAACUGUUAUGUCUGUAUCUAUGCAAAGUAUGUGCCAAUGUCAGAUUUUAUAUGUUUGCACGUAUCAGUCUAGUGUAGUUUUAAAGUAUAACAUACAUAUGUAUAUACAUACCUAUAGUCACUUCUAUAUUCCUUGCGGGGUAGACAGAGCCAAAAGACUGAUGGGCCACGUUAAGCAUGAUAGAAUUGAGAUUCAAAUAGUGACAGGUUGCUAGCCCAUCGCCUAAAAGAAGAAUACCAAGAUUAUAAACCUAUCACUUAGUCGCCUUUAACGACAUCCAUGAGAACGAGAUGGAGUGGUCCUUAUCUUUUUUUUUAUUGUUACCGGGAACCACACGGCAAAAAAGUUAAAGUUUAAGUUUAUAAUUAACUGUAACUGUAAUGAUUUCACCUUGGGAUAAUAAAACAAUCAAUAAAAUUUC